AUGUCAUUAAAAUCACCAGCAAUUACCUAUAAAGCAUACUCGUAUAGAAGCGGUAGUAGUCCAAUUAAGCUUGUUGACCAAACCAUCAACUUGGUAAAAGGACCCAAUGGCGACUACGUUGCUCCAAAAGGUAAAAUUUUGGUCAAAAUCAAUUAUGCUUCAUUGAACCCAGUUGAUUACAAAGUGUAUAAGAAAACACCAGCUUUUUUAACCUAUUACAACACCAAAAAGGGAUUUGGUAAAGAUUUUUCAGGACUAGUUUUAUCAGUUGGUGCCAACACCAAGACUGAUGUUAAAGCUGGAGAUUUAGUCCAAGGAUUGAACUGGCCAAUAUAUGGAGGGGGAUCAUGUGCUCAAUACUUGUUAGUUGAUCCUGUUUGGUCACCAAUUACAACCGUACCUACCGAUAUUGAUUUAAUUGAAGCCGCUUCGUUUCCAUUAGUUUUGGGAACCGCUAUACAAAUGACUCAUGAUAUGAAGUUCCAGGGUAGUAAAGUACUUGUGCUUGGUGCUGGUACGUCAGUGGGUAGAUAUAGUGUUCAAUUGGCCAAGAUCGGAGGAGCCAGAGAAAUUGUGACUACCAACUCGAGCAAGAAUAGUGAUUUAAUCACAGAACUUGGAUCUACUUCACAAAUUGACUACAGAAAACACCCCAAUUUCUUGAACCCAGUGUUGGAGAGCGUUAAAAAAUCGGGUGAAUUUGAUUAUAUUAUUGAUUGCUGGGGUGGAACUCAAUUGUUUCUUGAGAUAGAUUCGAUUAUCAGAAAAGGUGGUAUUUACUAUACUAUAGUUGGUGAUAGUCCAGGGGUAGGAAUGGAUGCAUUAAUUGGUACUACCAAGGCAUGGUUUAGAAUGGCUCGUUCGAGAUUGGGGUUGUUGAAGUAUCAUUAUACUAUAGGGUUGCUUUAUUCGAAUAGAGCCAACGAAGGAUGGAUAAAUGCGGCAAGAGACUUGUUACAAGGGGGUAAAUUACAAAUUUUUGUUGAUUCAGUUUAUCCAUUUGGUGAGUUGCAUGAGGCAAUUGAUAAAUUAGAGAAUGGUAGAGCUCAAGGUAAGAUUGUAUUGGAAGUUGCCAAACCAAAUGAACAAACUGAAAUUAACCCAUUCAAGUAG